CCCAAAGACCUUGGAGCUUUUGUUAGCUCUUUGGCAAAAGUCCCCUGGGCCAGCCCCAGUAAAUGUGAGUUUUUGGUGGAAUCCACAUGGCAUGUGGAAACCACAGGCUGGAAAAUUACAACUGUGUCUGGUGGAUAUCAUAUUAUUUACAGAUCAGAUGUUGGUAGCUUCUGAACCUGAAUCACACAGUAUAGUUGCAAGGGGAAAAAAAUGCAAGAAAUAUACAGGAUUUUGUCAACUGAGCUAUAACGAAUGGCUAAGUCAGGAUUUGAGACAAUUGCUCAGUAUUUGAGGGGUAUCCCUAAUUUUGCCAAAUGAUUAUCCAGUUUUUGUUUGAAUCGGGCAAGGCUCUUAAGCCCCACUUAGGUUCCAUCGUCUAAGGUUAACAAAGCCAUUCUCUCUCCUCCCCUUUCUUUCUCUUCAUGUUCAUGCUUUUUUAAAGAAAUGUCUUUCCCACCAGAGAAAAUGUAUAAUUACAGAAACCUAAGAAAAUAAAUGUCUGUAACUCCACUACCCAGAAGUUACCGCUGUUGGUCUUCUGGAACACAUCUUUAAUCUUUCGUAUUGUUUCUUUCUAUCUUUCUUUUUCCUUCUUUCUUCCUUUUCCUUUACCUUUUCCUUUCCUUUCCUUUUUCUUUCUUCCCUGUCAUAAGCAACGCUUCUGUGAACCUUGUGCAUAAAUCUUUGUUGCUGGUUUACUGCCUUAAGAUAGAUCCUAGAAAGGAAUUGCUAAUUCAAAAAGCUUAAGACCUUUCUUAAAGAUUUUAAUUCAUCUUGCCAAACCGCUUUCUGGAAAGAAUGUACUAAUCUAUACUCCAGCAGCAGAGACUUAUUUUAGAUCCCACUACCACCCUGGAUUACAAGAGGUCAGAAUUCUCUGUUUUUCAGAUGCCUGGACUCUGUUGUUAUCUGCGGGGGAGGAAAUCUGCUUUAUUUGUUGAAACGUACCCUGUAUUUAUCCAGACCAGCUAUGGAGCCUGCACCUCUGGGUUAAGAUUAGAUCAGGAAGGGGACUAGAGGAAGGGACAGACAGCCAGCUGUGUACCUAGCUCCUGAGGGCUGCUUUGUGUCUCGGCCCCUCGCAUCUAGGCUACUGCACAGGAAGGCCGCGCAGGUCCGCCUGGCAUCAAGGUGCCUUGAACUUGGCUUAGGGCUGAGGCUGGCGGCUUGGGGAGCUGGUUAGGAUUCGCUGCGGGGUUGCCACCAAGAGUGAAGAGGGGCAUGGUUAAGAUUCGAUUUUCUUCACAAGGGCCUUUUGUGCUCCCAGGAGCCUCCCUCCUCGGGAUUGGAGGAGACACUGUUUUGGUCAAUUAGUGAGAUGAGAGGUGAUUGUCAGCGCCCUUUGACCUCCGCGUCCAAACUGCGCCUCCUGCAGCCCCCAGAUCCCACCUGUGCGCCCCUUAUCCCGGGCCCUCUAGCUCCCGCCCCUGGGCAGCUGCCCCUCCCCCGAGGCGUGGCCCCUCGGUCCCUGGCCGGGGGGUGGUGGGUAGCGGGAGCCCGGGGCCAACCGGCUCCUUCCUUCCUUCCCUCCCUCCCUGGCUCCCGCCCGCCGGCUCCGGGACCGCAGCCACGUCUGAAAGCUCCUCAUUGUGUGCGCUCCGCUCUAGGCGGGCAGCGCCAAGCAGCGCGCGGACAGCCGGCGGCCGCGCAGGACUCCUGCCCUGUGUCCAGGUUCCCUCCGCCUUGGGUCCCCAGGUGCCUCCAAUAUCUUGGUAUUUGUAGAGCCCCAUCCCUGGUGUCGCCGGGUGCUCCUUAACAGCUGUGAGACUCUACGGAACAAAUCCUCGCCUGCGGACUCCCAGGGAAGAGACAGCAGGCGGUGGAGUGGGCGUUGGAAGAGACGACGAGAAGAAGCCUUUGCGGAGCCUCAGGAGAGAGGCGCUGGCCACCUUGCGGCGCCAGUCUGCGGAGGACCGCAAGCCUCGGGGUUUUCCAGGAGUGAGAGAGGGAGCCAGGUUGCAGUGGGAUUCAGGUGACAGCUGUUGGGUGCCCUCCACCUGUUCCUGCAGCCUCCUGAUAAGGGGAAGGAGCAGAGAUGGGAUCGGCUCACAAUCCACACCCUGGAUUCUCAGAGAUGACAUGGACAAGGAGGAAGUUAUUAGGGAGCAAAUGCUGUGAAAGCAAGGAGGAACCUUCCAGUCCUCUUCCAUCCAAAGCAGCUCAUCUUUGAGAUCCUUGUAGAAGCAACAGUCCCCGCUCCCCCAUUCAGGGACCUGGUUUGACUCGGUCGUCUGGUUUCCGACAAGUGGCACCCGAACAGGGACCUGAAAACGGGGGAAAAUAGCAAGGACCCACCGCAAGACGAGUGCACUCGAGGUUGGCCAAAGAAGCCGUGGGCGGUGAAGAGGAGGAAAUUGAGCCUUGGAGAAGUCAAGUCAUUUGUCACAGAUCUAAUAGCUCCUAAGUGGCAUUGGAGGGACUUGAAGCGAGCCUUCUCUCCUUCACCCAGCUGGAGAGACCAGCAGUUCAUGCUCUUUGGGAAAAUGUAUCUAGCCCUUGACCCUGAGGCCCUCUGGGCAUCUCCUAUGGAUCUGUGAUCAAGGUGGGCAGCUCUCCCAGCAGCCCCAGGCAGUGGCCGCCAGCCAGCGGCAUGUGGCUGCCACGCAUCUCCAGCACUGCGGUGACCGCCCUCCUGCUGGCACAGACUGGCCUCCUGCUCUUUCUAGUCUCCCGGCCCAGGCCAACGUCCCCAGCAAGUGGUGAGGAGCGGGUGCAUGUGCUGGUGCUGUCUUCUUGGCGCUCGGGCUCGUCCUUCGUGGGCCAGCUCUUCAGCCAGCACCCAGAUGUCUUCUACCUGAUGGAGCCCGCGUGGCAUGUGUGGGCCGCCCUCUCGCAAGGCAGCGCCCCAGCGCUGCACAUGGCUGUGCGUGACCUGGUGCGCUCGGUCUUCCUGUGCGACAUGGACGUGUUUGACGCCUACCUGCCGUGGCGUCGCAACCUGUCUGACCUCUUCCAGUGGGCGGUGAGCCGUGCGCUGUGCUCACCGCCGGCCUGCAGCGCCUUCCGGCGCAGCGAAAUCAGCAGCGAGGCAGUGUGCAAGCCGCUGUGCGCACGGCGGCCCUUCGAGCUGGCCCAAGAGGCCUGCGGCUCCUACAGCCACGUGGUGCUUAAGGAGGUGCGCUUCUUCAACCUGCAGGUGCUCUAUCCUCUGCUUACCGACCCGAAGCUCAACCUGCGUAUCGUGCACCUGGUGCGCGACCCGCGGGCUGUGCUGCGCUCGCGUGAGCAAACGGCCAAGGCACUGGCCCGCGACAAUGGCAUCGUGCUGGGCACCAACGGCACGUGGGUGGAGGCCGAUCCCGGCCUGCGCGUGGUGCGUGAGGUGUGUCGCAGCCACGUGCGCAUCGCUGAGGCUGCCACCCACAAGCCGCCGCCUUUCCUGAGCGGCCGCUACCUCCUGGUGCGCUUCGAGGACCUGGCUCGCUCACCGCUUCCUGAGAUCCGCGCGCUCUACGCUUUUGCUGGCCUGAGCCUCACGCCGCAGCUGGAGGCAUGGAUCCACAACAUCACCCACGGGUCUGGGCCCGGAGCGCGCCGCGAGGCCUUCAAGACCACAUCCAGGGACGCGCUCAAUGUCUCCCAGGCCUGGCGCCACACGCUGCCCUUCGCCAAGAUCCGCCGCGUGCAGGAGCUGUGUGCCGGCGCCCUGCAGCUGCUGGGCUACCGGCCUGUGUUCUCCGAGGAGGAGCAGCGCGACCUCUCCCUGGACCUGGUGCUGCCACGCGGCCCGAGCAGCUUCAGCUGGGCAUCAUCCACUGCCGCCCACCGCGGGCCUUAGGCCCCAGUUGAGGCCCUCAAUUGCGGCAGUCGGUCACCAGGGCUGGGACAUUAUUAUGGGGGACAGAGUCGGGGCACAGGCUGCUACUGGAGGGACCGGGAGUAGGAAAGGACUAUGUUCCCAAACUCCUUGUUUCUUUUUCCCCACUUCUUGACUUCCCUCGGUGUCCUCUUUGGGAGCUGGAUUCCCAUCAGGCACGCUAUUCUUGGAAAGCAAAGCUCAUGUCCCCACUUCCUCUGGACGCAGGGAUGGUUCAGACACUUGACUCCUACUCAAGGUCUUUCUUUCCCCUUCUCUCUCUCGCCUCUCUUGUGAUUCAUCAUCCAGCAGCUGAGAAGGGUGUCUCCUCCCUUCCUGGGCGUGGAGGGGCACUGUGGUGAGCUGGCCCCCAAAGUCUGUACAACUCCCUACACACACCUCAGAGGCCAUUCCUGCCGUGUCUCUGGCACCAUUCUCCAUCAAAGCCAUUGACAUUUAUAUUUGCCUGUGUCUUCAACAAGAAAUCAGACAAAAUGGCUCUUAUCAUGUGAUCUCCCUUAGCUUCUCUCUGCUCCAUCUCCCAGGCCUCCCCCUUCCUUGCCCCGCCCCCCCAUUACCUACCCAUGAACUUUUGAUUUGUCCUGCCAGGAAAGAUCCUAACUACAGCAAUAAACAUAAUAAUUAGCCUGUGUGAUACAAAUUAGAGUUUAAAUCCUAUAAAGUGUGACAAACAAAACAAGUGAAGAGACUUGUCCAAGGUCACUCAAUGAGGAAGAGGAUGAGGGAGGAGGGAGAUUUUGCUCUGGGGCUGCAGUGGGGAGAAGAGAAUGAAUCAGGUUUGCAGAGAGACCUGUCUCCUGGAAGGGCCAGAUUUUUCCAUCUCAUUUGCCCUAGAGAAGAGCAAACAGCCAUGGCUGGGCCACAGCUGCAGGAUACAGGAAGUAGUGAGCUCUGAGUUCAGAGCGCAGAAUCUAGAGAACCCCCUAGGUAAGCCUGGAGGAAGGCAGUGAAGAGGAAAGGUAGAGGGAGAGAAGGCUGUGAGGCCUGGGCAGCAAGCCAGGGAGAAUGUGUUUCAGAGCAAGAGGUUGGCAGCGGGAUCAGUGUUUGGAGGGCAGGUCACAGGGUAAAUGAAACUAGAUCAGGUUUGCUAUGAGUUUGGAGGGAAAAAAAAGGCUCUGGGGUUAUUCUGUCUUCCCUCGGUCCUUCUGGGCCGGGCCCUGGAGGAGAGCAGAGUAAGAUUCCUAACUGCAGGCCUAGCAAAGUCUUAUUAAAGGGAUGCUGGCUGGAUGGGUACAGAGUGCUUAGUGAGCUCAGAAAGUAAGAGCCAGCAAGUGCUCAGUAAAUGACUAACAAAGGGGAAAAAAAAAACAAACUCUCAAAACCUCUAGAAAGGUCAGGACAGGAAAUGUGAGACCCCAAAAAUAGAAUACCCCAAAUCUCACUGGGGCACAGUUGGUUUGGGGACUGACAGUUGCCAUCAGAACUGUGCCCAUUACCUCUGGAAAUACAGAAGUUGCUCUCACAGUUGCUAUCAGUCACCAAAAGGGAUUCUGGAGAGCUCUAGCUUCUGGUUCUCAGCCUGGGUGUGGCCUUAGAUUGGUGGGACCCGGACUGUGGACCCACAUCUUUGCUACAAAACAGGCAGGGCAAGGGGGAAUGUAGCAUUUUCUGCUUUUCUUGUAGGGAGCAGAGGUAUAUUGACUUUGAAGCUGAAACUUCAGGACUUCUCAUUUGACUGUCCAUCAAGCUAUAGGAGCUUCAGGCUCUAUGAAAUCUAGAUCUGCCCCUGCUCCUGGUAUCAUGGAGAAAGUAUUUAAAACCCCAGAUUUAGAUGUGGUUCCAUGGUGUAGCGGUUAGCACGUCUGCUUUACACACAGAAGGUCCUCAGUUCCAUGCCACCCUGAACAAACCCAAUGUCUGAUCUCGGAAACUAAGCAGAGUCAGGCCUGGUUAGAACUUGGAUGGGAGACCACCUAGGAAGACCAGGUGUUGUAGGCAUAAGUAAUAAAAAUACAAAAAUAAAACCCUAGAUUUAUUAAUGAGAACUCUGCAAUGUAGAAAGACUAGGGUCAUAUAAUUUAAUAUAUGGGCUAAGACUCACACUCACAUCUUUGACUUCAAUGCUUACACUCCUAACAGGUAAACUAAAUUGGGUAUGCAGUGAAGGACCCCACCAUAUAAAGAUGGAUGAGCAAGAGGUUCAUGGUGCCAGAGACAUUGAUCCCUAGCAAGGUCCGUGAAGGCUUUUUUUUGAGGGGAGGGUUGGGGGGACAGUGGGCUGGGCGUCGGAGCCUAGCUUGAUAGAGGCAUCACGCAAGUUUCAUUUGCCUCUCUGUUCAGGUUACAGCCCCUAUUGAUGGCCACGAUCAGUGGCCUUUGCUAUAUAAUUUGUCCAUUCUCACCUGACUCCUGAGGUCCCAGGGUGGGAAUGACUGGCUCCCAGGCUUUGCUCCCUGCAUAUGGGGCACUCUGGGCAAGCCUCUGAGUGAGUUCCCUGGCUUUGGGGUGAACCCAGAUCAAGUAUCAGGACAGGAAGGCUAUACCCAGUUGAGCACUUCAAUUGGUGAGGUCCAGUGCCAGGCUCUGAGAACACAGUAGAGAAUGGAGCAGUCGUAGCCCUUGCUCUUGUGGGCAGUCCAGACCCUAUAUAAAUAAUCUCACAGAUAAACAUACAACCUUAAAUGUUGAUUGUGCUCUAAGAAACAAUAAGAAUGGGUAGAGGGUGACCCACUUUAGUAUGAGGAGUCAGGAAGACUUCUUUGAAGAGGAAACAUGUGGUCUGAAUAAAUGAAGGAGGAAUAGGAGUUAAUCAUUUACAGGACGUAGAAACAAGCAGAGAAAAACUGAGGGACUGGGUCGUGGCUCAAGGAGCCUUGACUCCUUGUUGGUGCCCUCAGAAUCAGGGUUCCUUGAUGAAAUAGACACAUUCCUGGGAAUCCAGGCUCAUGGGUUGGGAGAAGCCCCCAGAAGAUGACCAAGUUUGUGAGUCUGUAGCAGUUUUUAAAAGAACUGCUGGGUCAAAGAACAUUCAUGUGUGAAAUGGGAAACUGCCAAAUUACUCUGAAAAGGAAAUAUCAAUUUAUACUCUCUGGAAUGGUGGUGUCAAGAAUGCCCUUGUCACCAUCUUCUACUGACAACUCCCACCCUGCCACCCUCCUCUGCACAGAGUUAAAUCAAUCAUUUUUCAUUUUUACCUCCCUGAUAAAAUAUUGUUUAGUGUUUAAAAACUGAGCUACCAAGCCAUGGAAAGAAAUGGAGGAAACUGAGAUGAAUAUUUCUAAGUGAAAGAGGUCAAUCUGAAGAAGCUACAUGCUGUAUGAUCCCAACAACAUGACAUUCUUGAAAAGGCAAAACUAUGGACAGUGAAAAGAUUAAUGGUUGUUAAGGGUUGGGAGUAGGGUGGGGAGGGAUGAAUAGUUGGAGCACAGAGGAUUUUUAGGCAGUGAAAAUACUCUGCAUAAUAUUAUAAUAAUGAAUGUAUGUCAUUAUACAUUCGUCUGACCCCAAAAGUGAACUCCAAGGUAAACUAUGGACUUUGGAUGAUUGGUUAUGAUGUGUCAAUGCAGGGUCAUUCUUCAUAACAAAUGUACCAUUCCGGUAAGCGAUAUGGAUAAUGGAGGAGCCUAUAAAUGGGUGAGGGCAGGAGGUACGUGAGAAAUCUCUGUACCUCCCUAUCAAUUUUGUUGUAAGCCUAACACUACUCUUAAAAAAAUAAAGAACUGGAGCAAAAAAGCCUCGGUGCCCUCAGGAGGGUGUAGGAGCGCUGUUGAAAUGGCAGGGACUGGCCAACCACACAGAGACUGAAGCAACUGCCACAGGCUGGACUUUAAAUUUUCCCAGGGUGGCAAGUUCCUCAGCCGAUUGAGUAUUUUCUCCCUUGGGGAUAAGGCCGGAGGACUUGGUUGGCCUUGCAAUUCUGGUCCUAUUGAUCUCAGUCUUCAAGUCCUCCAUACUUUCAUUCACUCAUUUAACACACAUGAUGGAUUGAGCACCAACUAGUGUUAAGGGCAAAAGUCGGGAAGGAUCACGGGGAUUAGGAAUGUAUAUGUGUAGGGGUGUGGGUUGCAAUUUUUAAUGGGAUAAUCAGGGAAGGGCUCACCGAGCAAGUGACAUUUGAGUAGUCUUAAAGGAGGUGCAGUUAAUUAACGGGUAACUGUGGGUAGUGUCCUAGAGGAGGAAAUAGAUAAUACAAAAUUCCCAAAGGAGGGAAAGAAUCUAGCAUAUUAGAAGAGCAGCAAGGGGGCUUAGUAGGCCUGGUGUGGUAAGCAGAAGGUAGAAUACUAGGAGAUGAGAAAGUAAGAAAGAGGGGGUCAGAUCGUGUAAGACCUUGUAAGCCUUGUAAAAGAACUUUGGCUUUUACUUGGAGUGAGACAGGGUGUCCAAAGCCACUCCUACCCUAUUGUCCUGCUUAGCCGAAUAAGUAUAAUGUCACAUAUGUAUAAUAUGUCAGGUAUUACACAUAAUAGAACAAGUACACAGAUAAAUAAGUAUCUCAUUAUAAUUUUACUGUCUAUGUUAAUAUCCUGAAUUAGUAUAGUGUUAGUUUUGCAAGUUUUUGAACUGGAUUUAACUUAAAUCACACUGUGGCCUUCUUCUGCAACUUAGAUUUUCCCCUAGAACUUUAUAUUCCUGGAAUUCAUCAUGUUGUUGCUUACAGCUUUUAUUUCCACUACUGAAUAGUAUUUUUUUGAAAAUUGUACCACGAUUUUAUUUCUUGAAGGACACUUGGCUUGUUCUCAGUUACUUGCUGUUCCAGUGCUCCUAGGGACAAUCUUGUCCAUAUAUCCUGGUACAAAUGCUAGAAGAUAUUCACCUGGGAGUGAAAUUGCUGGAUCAUGAGCAUCUUCAACAUUAUUACAGAAUGGUUAUAUUAAUUUACAUCUCUAGAGUUCCAGUUGCUCUGCAACCUCACUAACAAUUAGCAUUCUCAGACUUUAAAAUUUUGGGCUUUUGGGUAGUUGGCAGAUAAUAUUAUGGUUUCACUUUGUGUUUCACUAAUGAUAAGGUUAAGCAUCUUUUCCUGUUUUUUUGUUGGCCAUUUGUAUUUUUUCUUUGAUAAAAUACCUAUUCAGGUCUUUUGUCUCUUUGUCAUUUUCUUAUUGAUUUUUAGGAGUGCUUUAUACAUUCUGAAUACUACUCUUUUGUCAGUUAUGUGUACUGCAAAUAUUUUCUCCCAGUUUGUGGCUUGUCUGUUUUACUUUCUUUAUGGUAACUCCUGAAUAACACAAGUUCAUUAUUUAAAGUAGUUAAAUUUAUCAAUCCUUUCCUUUAUGGUCUUUGCUUUUUGUAUCUAGUUUAAGAACUUCACUAUCCUGAGGCCCAAAAGAAAUUCAACAUUGUUUUCUAAAAGUUUUAUAGUUCUGCAUUUUACUGUAAAUGAAAUAAAUAUGGAGUUCUAUUUGUAAAAAAAAAAAACAAAAAACAACCAAAUAUAAACUUACUUUUGUUCAUCUUAUUUCAAAAUUUUCUUGCAGUUUUGUGUUUUUCCUGGAGUUUGUAUUGCUUUUUCGUUUUUUUCCCACUGAAAGAAGAAACAAGUAUGUUUUUUGCCCUGCCAUUAAAAUUUGAGCUUUUAACCACUUUA